UUCAUUUGUGUUUCCAAAAUAAUCACAUAUGUAUAUGGGAUGCCGGUUACGAUAAACAAAAUAAACACGAUAAACACUUCCCGAAAUCAUUUUUGUAAUAGAAGAAAUUUUGAAAAAUAAUCGACAAAAACAAAUAAAAUGGUGAGCGAACUAUCUUAUGGCUUCCGCGAAGACUGUUUUGCAUUUCUAAACGAAUUCAGCAAACAGGGAUCGUUGGAGUUUCGAUACUUUUGCCAGGAAUGGAAGAAAAUGAACUUCCAAUACGUGUUUUACGGUCGUAACACAGAUUUUGAGAUGGUUGAAUUUGUCAACGAAGCCCUGUUGAUAGUGAAGCAAAUAUUCCUCUGCUCAAAGAAGCACUUGGAGAAAGUGGGAGCAUUUUAUCUCCUGUAUGCACUCUACUUCAAACAACCCACAGGGUUGUUCUGCAAAAUCCGGUUGACACUCUCGGAUUUGUGUGAGCUGAAACGAUUUUCACAGUGUCCGCUGCCGGAGCAGUACUCACCGGAAGUGGCGACCAUCUUCUGGAAGCUGUUCGUGGGCGAUGCUUUUCGGUUUGUGCAAGACAAUAAGGAGUAUGGAUACGAUGGGUUUUUCAUUAAGGGUUUGCAAUCGAAUCGAUACGACGAUAAGGUGCGGGAGUCUUUCAAAGUGAUCAAAGAGGCGGAAAGAGAUUUCCGAACGAUGAAAUCGGCCACGGGGUUGUUCACUGCGCUGGAUGCACUGGAGAUGGGAUACAACGAAAUGAAGGAGUCUCUAGAUGAAACUGAAAUGUCUGUCAGCUCUUCGGAUAAAAUUCCUCAAUCGAACCUGAUGAUGAGUCUGCACAAGGAUCUCAAUGAUGUGCUGGCGAUUCUGAACGCCGAUGAACCGAUAUCCGGCGCCGGCGAGGAUAAUCCAUCGGACGAGUUUGCGACCUAUUCGGGCGAGAAUAUCGGUGCCAAGCGAUCUUCGCUGCGGGAACGAGCCUUCAAGCGGAAGGUGAAUAAGAAAGAUUUACAAAUUGCAACAUCCAUAAACGCAGCGAUGGUCGGCAGCAGUCCAUCAUCUAGAGCCCGAGCUCUAAGACCACGAGCGACCAAAAAACGUGAUGCCAACAUAUCGGUGUUGAACGACGAUGAAUCAAUCGCCGAUAUGGUCAGUACUGACGGAGAAGAAUCCGCCGUGUAGUCUAGCAUGGAAUGAUGCAAUCGAGUGAGAACACGUGGGAUCGGCGAUUACUACAGGUGAACUCUACUCAUCGUCUCGACACGUUGUUUGUAAUUUGUGACAUAUGAGGGAAGCUCUCGUUCUAAAGCUGAGUGGCAACUAAACUGAUCUUGCUUCUGUCGAAAGUGGGUGUAAUUACAGGAUUAACCCGUGAAAUUUAGCAUCGGUCGCCCUAUGUAUUUGUUGGAAAUAUAUUCAAAUGUGUCAUUUGAAUGGUAAUUUCAAUUUAUUUACGCUCCGACAUUCGGCGAUAUUAAAUUAAAUGAUAGUAUGAUUUAAAGAUAUCGUUGUCCAAAUACGCUACUUGAAUUAUUAGUGUUCAGUUCUCGUGCGAUUUGUGAUAUUUCAUCAAAUAGUAGCUAGGCUAUUGUGCAGGCAUAGGCCAUGGUUUAAACAAGUCCUCAAACUAGGUAAUAUUUACCCGAUUUCUAACAUAAAUGUGUUCAUAUUCACCCGAAUUUUAACAUUUUUAUUCAUUUUCAAAUUAAAAUUAAUGACUUUCCACGCUAAGUGUCUAAAUAAAUCAAGCCAGUCAAAACUA